AUGACAGGUCAUUUUACAAAAGACGAGAAAGGUUUAAUUGACCCAAGAGUCGUAGCUAAGGAAUUUACCAUUAUUGAAAGAGGUAUUCAAGCCAGGAUUGACAGCUCCGCAGAUAUCGAAGGGAUUAGAGAGGAUAUAACGAGGCUCUCUUGGGAGGUGAAGGAAGUUGCUGAUCAGCUAUCAUCGUAUGAUAAGGAAAAGUAUACUGGUAGAAUCGAUCUACUAUUGAAGGGCGCCAAAUCGUUACAAGCUAAAGUCAAUACGGAAAGGACUAGAAAACGGUUCCAGUUUAGAAGAAAGCCUAAGAACACCGACAAGCUGUUAGAUUAUGGGUCCAAAAAUGUAGAAACCCCCGGAGAAACCGCUCUAGCGAGUUCCAACACAUGCUACACAGGGAACGCACCGUUAUUGUCUGAUCAGAAUGCGACUAUUACCAAUAAUGUCUGCAUUAUUCUUGAUGGUAAAACCUCCCACUAUACUAAUUUCAGAAACUGCAGACUGCUGGCCAAUGAAGACACGCCGUUUAUGUCUUCCUUUGCAUUGACAAUGCAACAUUUUGAAUUUUCAGUGAUACAUUUUGAUCCGAUACCGUUCCAACAAGGCAGCAUAUUCGUUGAAAAUUGCACCAAUUGCACCAUAUUCCUCAACUGCACCGUUGGAAGCAACAUCCAGAUCAGAUUACAUGCACUAACAGCAUGUAGGUUAUACGUUAACCACGCAAACGACCACGGCCAAAGGCAAAACGUAAUACUGGAACAAUGUAAGGCCUGCGUCUUCGACCAAUCUGUAAAGGAUAGCCUAACCAUCCAGGAUUUCAGCAACUUGGGCCUGAGCGGUCAAGGAACCGAUAGUUUCACAUUUGAUAAAUGGAUUUCGGAUUACGUAAAACAAUUCAAACUCAUGCAUGGGAUGUAA